AUGAACCACAACACUAUUACAAAAAAAGAAAAUCAAAUUAAACCUGCUAAAUAUGAAGCAUUAAGUGUAGCUAAACUUUUGUUUUUACAAGACUCUGAUAGGAAAUAUUUUACUGAUGAGAAAAAAAAGAAUGAUAUUACUCCUGUGAUUACUACGCUAGAAAGUGGAAUAAUAGUUUAUAAAGUUCACACUCAUUUUUGGUUGCUAUACAAAGAAAUAAAUAUAGAUAAAAUUGAGGAUAUUAAGGAUGCAGAAACAAAAGAAUUUAUUAUUGAACAUUUUAAUUACUUAAAAACUAUCCCUGAUCAAACUUUAUGA